CAAAGAAUGACAGGCACCGCUCUUGCUGAAUCGAUGAGAUAACUCCGUUGGACUGCAUCACAUCACUGCUACUGCUCAAGAAAUAAGAAUGCUUCGUAUGCUCAUGUUGGCGCUGUUAGUCACAGUGCUGCCCAGCACAUGGGCCCAAAGUGUUUUUGCCAGUCAGAAAAGAUCCAAGGCCAAACCAGUUGCAGAAAGUCUUCAUAAUGGACAAGCCAUCCUUGAUGAGGACUGUGCUGUAGAACUGUCCUUUCUGUUGGACAGCUCUGAGAGUGCCAAGGACAAUCAUGAACAGGAGAAGCGAUUUGCUGUGAAUGUGGUAGAGACCCUUCAGGGCGUCCAGUUGCAGACUGGCCGGCAUCUGGGCUUGAGAGUGGCUGUCCUCCAGUACAGCAGUCACGUCAUCACUGAACAAACCUUUAGAGACUGGAGAGGCACAGACAACUUCAAAAGCCGCAUCACCCCCAUUGUUUACAUUGGCCAUGGCACUUACACCACCUAUGCUAUCACCAACAUGACCAAAAUCUACCUGGAAGAGUCCAGUCUUGGAAGCAUUAAAAUAGCUGUGCUCCUCACAGACGGUGUGUCCCAUCCUAGAAACCCUGACAUCUUCUCUGCUGUUGCUGAUGCAAAGAACCAAGGAAUCAAAUUCUUCACUGUGGGCAUCACACGAAGCGCCAGAGAUCCAGCUAAUGUUGCACAGCUUCGUCUGCUCGCCAGCUCUCCAACCUCCCACUUUCUUCACAACUUACAGGAUGAAGACAUUGUGAAAAAAAUUGUUACAGAAAUUACAAAUUUGGCUGAUGAAGGGUGUCCCCUGGCUCAAAAAUGCUCUUGUGAGAAAGGAGAGAGAGGAAUCCAAGGCCCUGCAGGAAAAAAAGGUCGCCCUGGAGAAGAUGGAGCCCCAGGGGCAAAAGGCCAAAAGGGUGAAGCUGGUUUGAGUGGACUGCCAGGACGAGAAGGUGCUGAGGGCAAGCCAGGUUACAAAGGGGAAAAGGGUGAAAGAGGCGAGUGUGGUACUCCUGGAAUCAAAGGUGACAAGGGUCCUGAGGGGCCUAUUGGAGGAAGAGGAAUGAGAGGUCUGCAGGGGUUGCCAGGACCACAAGGUGAUAUUGGACCGGAGGGCCCUCAGGGGAAGCAGGGAGAACGUGGCCCCCUUGGCCCACCUGGCAUACAAGGGGAGACUGGUAUAGGACUUCCUGGACCAAAGGGGGAUAUGGGCUUUACAGGUCGUGCAGGUCCUCCUGGUCCUCCUGGACUGGGCGAAGCUGGCCCACCUGGACCUCAAGGUCCUCAAGGAAGUCAAGGAGAAAGAGGACCCAUGGGCGAAGGUUUACCUGGACCAAAAGGCGACCGCGGUCUUCCAGGACCACGAGGACCCAGAGGUCAGCAAGGGGUUGGACUCAAAGGAGAUAAGGGUGAAUUGGGCCCUCCAGGUCAUCCAGGGCCAAUUGGACCAACAGGUGUGGGCAUUCAAGGAGAGAAGGGUGUGGAGGGGCCAAGAGGUCCACCAGGAGUCAGAGGACUUCCAGGAGAAGGUUUACCUGGACCAAAGGGAGACCAUGGUUUACCAGGAGAACAAGGGGCGCCAGGAGACAGAGGCAUUGGAGAAUCUGGUCCAAAGGGAGAGCCUGGAGCUGCUGGAUUGGCUGGUUUACCAGGUCUGCCAGGAGAGGAAGGGACACCAGGACAGAAGGGUGAACCUGGUUUACCUGGUUUAAGCGGUCCAGAAGGAGCAGCAGGAGUUGGCAUUCAAGGGGAGAAGGGAGAUCAGGGUCUGAGGGGUCUUCGUGGGUUACAUGGACCUCCUGGAAUCUCUGGACCCUCUGGACCAAAGGGUGAAAGAGGUGGCCCAGGUCAACAGGGCCAGCCAGGACCACCAGGCCGUUCUGUUACUGGCCCAAAGGGUGAAUUGGGCCCUGCCGGGCCACCUGGGCCUAUUGGGGAAACAGGCCAUGGUCUUCCUGGUCCAAAGGGAGACCGUGGGCAAACUGGUUUACCUGGUCCAUUAGGUCCAAAAGGUGAAGGUUUCCCUGGUCCAGUGGGUCUUCCAGGCCUACCCGGUUUGCCGGGUGAACCAGGACCAGAGGGAAUUGGCAUUCCUGGUCCAAAGGGGGACAUAGGAUUCAGAGGACUGCCUGGUUUGCCAGGUGCUCCUGGAGAGGGCACACAAGGACCACCAGGUAAUGUUGGACGACCAGGACCUCCUGGUCCAGUGGGACCUCCAGGUCAAGGAAUUCAAGGUCCAAAGGGAGAACCGGGAUCUCAGGGUCUAACUGGGCCAAGAGGGCCCCCAGGAGAAGGCUUAGCAGGAUCAAAGGGGGAUCGUGGAUUACAAGGAGAGAGAGGACUAAAAGGUGUAAAAGGAGAAAUGGGUGAUGCUGGAAUUCCUGGUGAUGCUGGAAGGCCUGGAAUAAAGGGAGAACCAGGACUCACAAGAGAAGAUGUCAUUAAGCUCAUCAAAGAAAUCUGUGGAUGUGGCAUCAAGUGCAAGGAAAGGCCUAUGGAGCUUGUGUUUGUUAUUGACAGUUCAGAGAGUGUUGGCCCUGAGAACUUCGAGAUCAUCAAGGACUUUGUCACAAGGCUGGUUGAACGCACUACAGUCGGAAGAAAUGCCACUAGAAUUGGGUUGGUCUUGUACAGUUUAGAUGUUCACUUGGAGUUUAACUUAGCUCGCUACAUGACCAAGCAAGAGGUCAAACAAGCAAUACGGAAAAUCCCUUACAUGGGAGAGGGCACAUACACUGGCACUGCAAUCAGGAAGGCUACCCAGGAAGCAUUCUACAGUGCCAGGAAUGGAGUGAGAAAAGUAGCUAUUGUCAUCACUGAUGGUCAGACAGACAAACGAGAGCCAGUCAAACUUGAUAUUGCUGUGCGUGAGGCCCAUGCUGCCAACAUUGAGAUGUACGCCUUGGGAAUUGUCAAUUCUUCUGAUCCUACACAGGCCGAGUUCCUCCGAGAACUCAACCUUAUUGCCUCCGACCCUGACAGUGAACACAUGUACCUUAUUGAUGACUUCAACACUCUACCAGCACUGGAAUCAAAACUUGUCAGUCAGUUCUGUGAAGAUGAAAAUGGUGCUUUAAUCUACAGCCAUGUCACAAAUGGACAUUGGAAUGGCAAUGGGAAUGGCUUUGGUGUUAAUGGAAAUCAUGGACAUGGUAAUGGAUAUAAUGGCCAUGGUAAUAAUAAUGUUUUUACUUAUGGAAACAAUGGGAAAAAUAAUCACUUUGAUGAGGAAGACAACUAUGACAAGCACAUCAGCACCCGAGGCCGUGGGGAUACUUUCACACUGCCUAUUAGUGCCGAUCCUCUACCAAUUCAGGUAGAAGAGGACGAUGAAGGUGAGGACUUAGAUUUAGCUCAAGUACAAGGAAUUAACACAGCUAAUGUAGUUUCCAAAACUCUUACACCUGUUAAAGAAACUGUAGAAACCAGUGAAGUGUUGACAUCAGCUACUUCUUCAUCAUCAUCUUCAUCAAUAAUAAUAGCCAUACCUUCAAUAUCAUCAUCAUCAGUAAAAAUAGCUACGCCUAUAUCUUCCACAUCUUCAUCACUAUCAUCAGUGACAUCAUUGUCAACACAAACAUCUUCGGAAUUAUCUAGAUUGAAGUCUGAGUUGCAGCCUGGUUUGAAUGAAGUUGUAGUUCAAGAGACCGCUGCCAUUGAUCCUCGUUGUCACAUGACUCUGGAGCAAGGCAGCUGCAGAAACUAUACAAUUCGUUGGUACUAUGACAAACAGGCCAAUUCUUGCGCACAGUUUUGGUAUGGCGGCUGUGGUGGAAAUGAUAAUCGUUUUGAUAAAGAAGAGGAAUGCAAGAACACUUGUGUUCUAAGCAGAAUAGGUUGAAAAAGGAAGUCACAAAUACAAGAUAAAAUAUUUUU